AUGGUAAUCAACCCAGCAGACCUGCUGUGGGCUGGGUUCAUGAAGACAGGCUCAGACGUCCGUCUGAAGUCUGACUAUGUGGUUGCACUAGAAUCAAAAGAACCAAAAGACUCAGGAGACUCAGGAGACCCGCAGUUCGCUAGCAGACCCAGAAGAUUCACUGAUUCAACCAAGUCGACUGGAUCUUUUCCUCCAUACAGCGUGAAACGAGAGAUUCAGACUCGGAUGGACUUCGCAGAGUUGUGUCGUCAAAAAGACUUCCUCCAGUCAAAUGCCAGCAGUGGAGUGAAGCAGUGGAACAAGAGGUGGUUCGUCCUGACUGACAGAUGUCUCUUCUACUACAAAGAUGAGAAGGAAGACACGGUUUUAGGGAGUUUGCCGCUGCUCAGUUUUCAUAUUGGAGGAGUGGAGUCUUUGGAUAACAUCACCCGCAAGUUUGCCUUUAAGGUGUGGUUGGAGGAGGAGGAGGGUGAGGCCGGAGAUUUGAAGGGUCCUGUUGUGUUUUGCAUGCAGGCAGAACAUGCUGGCACCAGGACCUACUACUUCAGUACAGACAGCCAUGAGGAGCAGGAAGAGUGGAUCAGAGCCAUGAGCGAAGCUUCAGAGGUCAACGUUCAACUAAUACAAAGAGCAAACACCACAGCUGAUCUCGACCACGCCAUGGUGACUAAGGCACCCAACCCACAACAGCGUUCACACACAAACAAUAAAAAUGACAGUGACCAGCUGCCCCACCCAAAGAACAAUGGGGUUGACAACCUUGAGACACCCUCACCCUCCACCCACCUCACAAAUCAGGAGGGAACAAAGAAUGGUGGAAGGCAAGGAAAAGGAGAUGAUGAAGGGGGAGGAACUGACUACACCCCUCAUCCAAACGGCCCUUGCAAAACCAUGCCACACAGCAGCAAUAGCAAACUCCCUCUAUCCAGGAGUCACAGUGGACAUUGUGUCCCUCAGGGACACCAGGAAGUGGGUGCUAGCCCAUCACAUGACCCAAGGGAGCAGCAGGAUAAUGUGGUGCUGAGGAGGGGUUUUGUGCCCAGGACAGCUCCAGAGAGGGUGGCCCAGAGGAAGAGUUCUAUGGCACAGCUGCAGCAGUGGGUCAACCAGCGCCGGGGCAUGGCUUCCCAGGAAGACAUCAACAGCCCAUGUCGUUACUACCCAGCGAGGCGUGGGGUCUCUGACUAUUAUGCUUAUCCUGAUGGCCCUCAGUAUAUGGAUGAGUACCCUCUGUACCCAUCAGGGGUCCGACCUGACAGCAUCUGUUCUGUCUCUGCUGUGGGGGGAUAUGACCGACGCUGGACUGUCGAGGAGAAACGCCGCUCACUGAGGGAUGGACCCCAUCAGCUGUAUGGACCCCCAAUGCCCAGAGACCAGUGGGGGCAACAGUACUAUGGUGCAAUGGAUACAUCCAUGAGGCGUCUGUCCAUUCAGCCACGCUCUAGGUCUGUACCCAGGUCGCCAUCCUCAUCAUCAGGGGGGCCCUACUCACCAGUGCCACACAACUUUGCCUCACCAGCUCGAUCACCAUCUGCCCGCUUUGACCAUUUUCCAGGAAGGAUAAGGGAUGAUGUGAUCUAUGCAGAUCCAUCAGUCUACAGUCUGAGGAGAUCCCUCAGCUCACCAAAGUAUGACUACCCUGGUGAUAGGAGGUCCUUAAGCCAAGGAUUAUACCACUACAACUACCCUGUAUCCCCUUCCAUCCAGAAUAAAAUGGAGGACAUAUUAGACCUUCAGCUCCAGCGCAACCUGGAUUACUUAGACCAACAGGUGCCUCCUUUCCAUAAUAUCUACAGCAGAGAGUUACAUCCCACACUGAAACUCAAUGAGAUUGAAACCAGUAAACUGUUGGGUCGCCUGUGUGAGCAGAACCGAAUUCUGAAAGACCAUGAGGCUGUUGUCCACAGACUAAGAAUGGAUAAGGACAGUCUCGAGGAAGCACUGGUGGAAACUCACCAGGAGAUGGAGCUGUACCAUAACCAGCCUCUGGCCAUGGAAAAGCUGCAGUUCAAAAAGGAAACCCUGCAGAAUCAGCUCAUCAACAUCAGAGGGGAGCUCUCCCAGGCCUCCAGUGCUUUAACCACGACUCGUAUGGAGUUUGAAGCAUUAGAGGACGAGGCCAGUGCCAUUCAUGGAGACCUAUGGGAACAGCUUAAUGCAGGAGGGCAGAGUGAACUGGUUUGCAGGCACAUCCAGAAAGAGUUUUGGAGAGUACAGGAUGUGUUAGAGGGACUGCAUAAGAAUAACUCAUCUAGAGGUACUGACACAGCCAAGCACAGAGCGACCAGUGGCACAUCAGGCUCCUUUAGCACCAAUAGUCCAGCCAGUCCCCUGAGCUCAGUAAGCCUCACCAGCCCACUCAGCCCCUUCUCCCCAGUGCCCGGCUCCCAGGCCUCCCCCACCAAACAGCUGGGCCCGGAGGAAAGUGUCCCCCCAAGGCCUCCCCUCCCCAAGUCCUAUUCCCUUCUGGAGACUUCCUCUACCUUACCUCCCUCCAUCCCCCCCCUGCCCUUUGACAGCACCACCUGGCUACGCAGCUUGGGCAUCGAUGAUGGUUACCUUGAUGGUGAAGAUUCUUACAUCAGAAAGCCAAAGUUUGGAGAGGAGAACAAUAUCAGUGAUGUGCAGGACCAGAUCCAGGACAGACAACCCACCAUGAAUAAAGUUGGCAUUGUUCCUCCUCGAACAAAGUCCCCCACUGACGAAUCACACAGCAGCUCAGCUGGAGUUUCCCGCUACAGUGAUAGAGUGCCUAAUGGAAUCUCUAGGGAACGUCCAAAAAGCGCUGUGUUUACUGCAGAGGUAAAGUCGAAGAUGAGCGUUGAAGAGCAGAACGAGCGACUCCGCCGUAACCAAAGCAGUUCUGUGAGGGACAAGAGACGGAGUCUAAACCUCUCAGGUGGCCAGUCUCCAGCCAACUACAAAGUGAUUCGUAGGCGGCUGACAGCUCACGAGAUUGACAUCAAAGACUUGGAGACAGCAGUUCGAGGCCAGGGACAGGAGUCACCUCGGGAAGAAAUUGCUCGCCUGAGGCGAUUACAGAUUGAACCAGAUCAGUAUGACCUGGACAUGAGCAAAGAGGUGAGAUCAUCCAGAUAAGGCAUGGCACCCUCAUUCACUCUUGAAUUCAUUUUGGAUAUCUCAAACGCACAACUCUCAGACAGAUUGAUGUAAAAUCAGGCAAGUUUACUGAUAACAUACAAAAUACAUAGAUGCUUACAAAGGUCCAGGUUGGCAGGAUAGGCAAAGGAAAGAAUCCAAGUGGCAGACUGGGGUUAGCAACAACCAUGUCCAAGGCAAACAAAAGCACGGAAUCCAAGUCCAAAAGGUCAGGGGUCUGGAAACAGUGGGGAAGCACAAUGCAUGAUUUGGCUGAUAAUGAGUUGGGCCAAUGCAUAUACUGCAGGAAUAAUGAGGGGAGAGUGUAUAGGUGUGGGAGGAAUGGGGUUAUUGCAGGGGCCAUAACACAAUGCUUUUCCUGCAAGGUGCGGGGAUGCCCCCUGAGUGCUGGGAGGAAGUGAACGAGGGCUCUCCACCUCUUCUCCUUUGCCAAAAUAAUAAGAUAUGUCACAGAUGUGGCAUGUCAAGAUAUUGAUAUUGCACAGGUGUGUCCUGGACUGCACAGUAAAAAAAAAAGGGACCAUCUCAACUCAAAGGCAACAUGAUGC